AUUAGCAAACUUGCUGGCGAGGUACUUUAGCAGAAGUAUUCGCAAGAUUAUAAGGUUACAAGACACUGUAAUUUAUACUGUCUGGCAUUAUACGAUACACGUGAUUUUUUUCACGGUCUUUGGCUGUGAAGUGAUUCUUCACAGUGCCCGCCCAAGGUAAGCCUGGGGUUGCUGUGCUUUAAAAUUACAAGUUAGCUGGACACGCAAACUUCGACAAUAGUGAGUAUACAAAGUCAACGUUAAGGCAGACAAGUUAGCACAUAUUUUAAAGUGAAGAUGAAGUGUAUUUUCGAUGGCCAAAAAUUCUUACCGAAUGUUAAGCUUGACGAUCUGGGCUACGACUAAUGGGAAUUGACCAAAGAAGCUGUUAACGUUACCGAUUCAUCUGCAGGAGUUUUCAGUGAAGACACCUAACAUUGGUGACAACUUGGUGCUUUGGCACAAAGGCAGAGGUGUCUGUCAUUAGGGGCUGGUUGAAGUUGGAAAAAUGGUGAAACAAGACGCCCCUCGCCGCACCCUAUCCAGGAGCUCCAGGAGGACCACCCAGAUCUCCAGCCUGAAAGACCUGACUCUGUUGGACAGGGCCAAGUCAGACUCCAAAGCAGACAGCACCUCAGGCAACCCCCAGGUGUUUUACCUGGGCGGAGAGAACAGCCAGAGGGGUUUUCCUGACAAGGUGUACCUCCUCGCCGCUUCCAUCUUUCAGAACUCCCACAUACAGAAGCCGGCAGCCCACCGCCUCAUCAGCUUUGGCACGAAGACCAGCGGUCCGAUGCCUGAGACCAGAGAUGAUGUGACACAGCGCUGUGCCUAUGAGCUUGCCUUCAAUGCACUGAAAUAUCAAGAGCUGCUGGAGGACAUCAUGAUUGACAGCUGCUUUUACCUCUGUCAGCCAAUGCCGGAUGAGUUGAUGAGUCUGGUGGCUAUCAUGCUCUAUGACUUCCAGGACAGGAAGUUUGUUCCCUGGGAGCGCCCAGCCAAUGAGAGGGAAGAGUCGAUGCCGCAGGUCAGGGAGGUGGAGGAGUGCCUGCUGAAGUCUAAGACAAAGUUGGCAGCCUCGCUGGCUCGCUGCAGAAUCAAACACGACCUGCUGACCAUCGACUGCAUGCUGCCCGACAGUGUCAGGAAGAAGCAGGAGAAGGCCGGCAGCCAGCCCCUCUACGCCUGGGUCAACACGCUCAAGACAAGCCUGUCAGAGGUGCUUGCCGUGCUGAAAAGGGAGGGCUUCACGCAGGUGAAAUCAGCCAGGCAGCUGGAGGGGCAGACCUUCUGUCAGGACCCGCACUGCCAAGACCUGCUGGCCUUCCCCUCGCAGCAGAAGGCCGAGCUCUACCGGACCAAGCUCAUCAGCCAGUACAAGCUCAUCAUACAGGACAAGUCCUGCUGUGUAGGGCCAUGGCUGGUGAGGGGACUGUUGCCGGCAGAGGGGGACAUCCUCAUGGCCGGCUCCCCGUCCAUCCUCACGGUGGCCCAUGUGGCGGCUGUUGUGGCGGCAAUCGUGGCCUGUGGCCCCCAAGUGCCCAACACCACCAGUGGCCCCAGCCGUAUCUACGUCUGUGCCGGAGACCUCCAGUCCUGCCACAGAGAGGAGCUGCAGGAGAGCCUCAUCACCAUGGGCUGCAAGAAUGUGAAGUUGCUCCCUGAGGCCUUCCAGGCUCUGGACAUGAGUGACUUGCGUCUGCAGAAGGUCCAGCUCAUUCUGCUGACACCUCAGUGCUCAGUGUCUGCAGUGUGCAACCCCGUAGAGUAUCUGCUGCAGGAGAACGGAGACAGAGAGCUCCUCCAAGACCUAUCCCACGGUUCCAUUGUCCCAGCCAAGCUGGAUGCCCUGGUUGCCCGUCAGAAUAAAGACUUGAAACAUGCCCUCAGAUUCCCCAGAGUGUAUGCGGUAGUUUACUGCACCUGUUCGGUGUACCCAGAGGAGAAUGAGGAGCUGGUGAGCAGAGUGCUGGCAGAAGGACAAGAGGAUCAGGGCAGACCGUCCUUCAGGCCAAACUCUGCAGUGUUGCCUCAGCAGUUGUAUGUGUGUGGAGCGGAGGGGGGGAAGGAGAGCGAAAGCAGGUUCUUUAAACUGGAACCCUCUGAGGAGAGCAAUGGCUGCUUCAUUGCAGUGCUGACCAGAGAGCCUGAGCCGGAGGUGACCGAGACGGCCCAGGAAGUGCUGGCGCGCGCUGCCGCCAAGGGCCUGCUGGAUGGCAUCCAGACCAACCCGCUGCCCAAGAAGGAGAAGCGUGUGCGACACCACCACCACCGCCCAGGCCCCGCCAGCCAUGGCCGCUCUGCCCAUCCCCACCCCCAUCCCCAUCCCCACGCAUCAAUGAGCAGCCAGUCGCGCGUCUCUGAGUUCCUGAACCGCCAGACGAAGGCGACCAGCUCGGCGCCCACCAUAGGGAGUUAUGGGAGCAAGAGCUCACUGUUCAUAGGAGGUAAAACCAAACCUUCAUCCCAGCCGCGGCAGCCUAAAAGUGUCCCACCCAACAGGGGCUCAUCUAUGGUGUCCAACCCCUCUCGCAAGCUCCUGGGCCGCACCAGGACCCCGGCCACAGCCAUGGCCACAGCCACAUCCACAGCCCCGGUCGUCAAAGGUCGUCAGGAGGUGCUGUGUCCUAUGGCACUGAUGUUGCCCCCGGCCAUGUUCCCAAGCAACCCGCCCCCCAUCCACCUCCUGUUGCGCAAGAGCCGCACCCCGCCACCGCUGCGCUCCAACCCCGCGCUCGCCUUCCAGCAGUGGAAGAGCAGCAACGCAUCCAUCCCCGCCUCGCGCUCCAGCGGCAGUAUCCUGGGUCUGUGCGUCCACCCACGCCCUUGGAUCUGA